AUGGCCAAGAGAUCUUCUUUGGGUAGCAUGAUGCGGAAGAAGCUAACCGACAUCACUAAUUUGCAGACUGCGAAAGCUAUUAGCCAAGAUGAAAAGCCCCCAGAAGAUUGCCCUACUGAUAAGGACUACAUUGACCAGCUCAUGAGGGAAAGAAUGACUUUGAUGAGACUUGUCUCGGAAAGGAAUAAAAUCGUUGAAUUAAGUGGAGCUGAGUUGCAGAAACUGCGGAUUAGUCUUCAGAAAUUGCAGCAACAAAAUUUGAAUCUUGCUCAAUCAAACAGCCGGAUGUUAGCGGAGCUUAAUUUAGGAAGAGAAAAGGUAAAAACACUACAGCAUGAACUUCUUUGCAAGGAUGCCUUACUUAAAGCAAAGAAUCUAGAAAUAGAGGGAAAAGCAGAGAAAUGUCAAAAUACUGAGUCUCAGGUAUCUCAGCUCAAGGAAGUAGAUGAGGCAGCUUUGCAUAAAGCUGAUAAUGAUGGUGAACGAUGUAAUGACAACAAAAGACGCGUCACAAGAAGUCGAUCAAUGGGGCCAUCUACUGCAUGCCCAAAGGUUGAGAAUAAAGAGAAGGUUGAAAAUAAAAGGCGGUGUUUGAGGAGGCAAUCUGCUAGGUUUAGGUCCCAGACAGAGAACUUAUUUGAGAUAGAGGAUGUCAAAUUUCCAGUCAGUCGCACACCAGACAAUCCAAUGCAUAACAGUGGUCCCACUCCAUUGAUUUCAUGUACCAGUAAAGAAGAGAAAGAAAACUGUGCCCCAAGGAGAUCUUCAGUCGGAAGACCACCGCGCAAAGCAGCUGAGAAGGUUCAUUCCUACAAAGAAGUUCCUCUCAAUGUAAAAUUGCGUCGAGCAGGGUGA